AUGACAGGGGCGGCGGUGGAGCGCUCGGACGCGCGGGCCCCAUACGGCCUGGCGGUCUUCGCCGACGCGGGGUACCUCGCCCUGGCCGCCGACGACGAGGCCCAGAGACGGGCCUGGCUGGGGGCCCUGCGGGCUCACCUCCCGCCGGCGGCGGGCGGCGGGGCCGGGCCGCCGCUGGCCGCGUGGGAAGGGCGGCUGUGGAGCCGCGGCGGGGCGGAGGUGCUGCGUGCGGGGCCCUGCCGCGUCUACGUCCACGCGAGGAGCCUGCGCUUCGCGAGCCCCGCGACGGGGCCACUCGCAGACGCCACGGCGGUGACCAUCAACCUGGCGGACAUCAAGUGCUACGGACACGUCCGGGAUUGCUUCUCCGUCAAGUGGGACACGCACUCGGAGCUUGGAGUUGGACUGAUCUGGAUGAAGCUGGAGGAGGGUGCGGCGGCGGCGGCGGCGCUGCACGGCGCGGUUCUGCGCGCCCGGCUGGGGCUGCCCAGCCACGAGCUGGGGAAGGAGGACGACGCAGGAGACGUUGAAUGUGAAGCCGCUGGGUCCAAGUCAACCGAAAAUUGAAAUCAACCGGCCCUUCGGGCGACCGGGGAAAAGCAUUCCGUGAGGACAUUUAGCCAGAGCCGGCGUGCUGGCCAGGCCUGGCUAUGUGAAUUCAGACGAAAGCCUGCCGUGCAGGCUCACGGAGAAACAUACACGCUGGGCCACGUAGAGCUUUGCCACCCGUACGGCCACACCGGCGACGUGCAACUCGAUAGCUGGCUGGCUGUGCGACGACGACGACGACGACGACGACGAAGAGACGGCAGUGAUGACAGCGACGACAGCCUCGACCCUAGACCACCACGACAGCCCCAAACCCCCACUUGCCUCUCCCUUGUAGUCGCCCAGCGUGGCCACACCCACCUCUGGAACUCUCUCGCUGGUUCCAGGAGCUUCCCAGUGAAUCCCCACCUUGAGCCUUGCCCCAGUUAACGUGCCCCUUGUGGGUUCGGCCAUUGUAUGACCCCCACGGUCAACGGGUUCUUCUUGGUUCUUUCGGUAAAGUCGUCACGUAGAAUGGAAGUAAUAAAAUAAUCAAAAUAAAACAUUAAUUAAUUCUCACGAAUUUCGGCCACAAUGCAAGCAGCCGUCCUCAGGUGAGGAGGAACAGGUCUGUCGGGGGGCGUGGUGAGCAAUGUGCGCAGUGACAGGUGGCAAACCCCGUCACUGCGCACGCAUUUUGUGAGGGAAUAAAAUGGG